AUGUCCAGAAGAUACGAUUCAAGAACAACUAUAUUCUCUCCUGAAGGUAGAUUAUACCAAGUAGAAUAUGCUCAGGAGGCAAUUUCAAUGGCAGCUACAGCAUUAGGUAUUCUUUCCAAAGAUGGUGUGGUAUUGGCUUGCGAAAAGAAGGUCACUUCGAAACUAUUAGACAAUGAUGGAUCUGCUGAGAAGAUAUACGUGAUAAGUGAUAAUAUUGUUUGUGCAGUUGCAGGUAUGACGGCGGACGCUUCAAUCUUGGUCAAUAACGCUCGAGUGACCGCUCAAAACUAUUUGAAGAACUACAAUGAGGAUAUUCCAUGCGAGCUUUUAAUUAAAAGGAUCUGUGAUAUAAAACAAGGCUACACUCAGCAUGGGGGAUUGAGGCCAUUCGGUGUUAGUUUUUUGUACGCGGGGUAUGAUGAUCGUUACAAUUUUCAAUUAUUUACAUCUAAUCCUUCGGGAAACUAUUCAGGAUGGAAAGCAACGAGUAUUGGAGCCAAUAAUUCUGCAGCUCAAACCUUACUUAAAAAGGACUACAAGGACGAUAUCUCAUUAAAGGAUGCCUGUGAAUUGGCAAUUAAGGUUUUGUCCAAGACUAUGGAUUCCUCUAAUUUAAAGAGCGACAAACUAGAAUUUGCUACCUUGAGUUCAUCUGAAAAUCAUCCAGGUAAGAUCAUCCAUAAGAUCUGGAGAGAUGAGGAUGUGGAUUUGCUUAUUAAAGAAUCUGGAGUGCUUGAUGAUAAAUCUAAUGAAGAUGAAUAA